AUGCCUCAGUGUAUCAUGCCUCAGUGCAUCAUGCCUCAGUGCAUCAUGCCUCAGUCUAUCAUGCCUCAGUCUAUCAUGCCUCAGUGUAUCAUGCCUCAGUGUAUCAUUCCUCAGUGUAUCAUGCCUCAGUGUAUCAUGCCUCAGUGUAUCAUGACUCAGUGUAUCAUGACUCAGUGUAUCAUGACUCAGUGUAUCAUGCCUCAGUCUAUCAUGACUCAGUGUAUCAUGCCUCAAUCUAUCAUGCCUCAGUGUAUCAUGCCUCAAUCUAUCAUGCCUCAGUGUAUCAUGCCUCAGUGCAUCAUGCCUCAGUCUAUCAUGCCUCAGUGUAUCAUGCCUCAGUGUAUCAUUCCUCAGUGUAUCAUGCCUCAGUGUAUCAUGCCUCAGUGUAUCAUGCCUCAGUGUAUCAUGACUCAGUGUAUCAUGACUCAGUGUAUCAUGACUCAGUGUAUCAUGACUCAGUGUAUCAUGCCUCAGUGCUCCAUUUCUGUCCUGAUUCUCACAUUCUAA